GAGCCAGACAGCUCUUCAGAUGAUGAAUAGAAAUACAGUGUUGUAUAUUUGUGUAUACAAUUGCUAUGUAUUCAUUAAUUAGAAAUGUUAUAAACAAGACUAACAUAAUAUGGACAGGGCCGGCGUAAGGCUUAAUGACGCCCGAGGCCAAAAUGCCAACCGACGUCUUUUUCAUACAACAACCCUCACGAGUCACAAUGGCUCGACGCGAUCUCGAUUGAACGAUAACAAAUAUUUGGGAAUUAUAGCAACAUAUAUGAUAGAACAUUCUACGCUAAACCAUAGUUCAUUUUCACUAAUGGAAUCGCAACCCAUUGACUUGAAAAAUGAAAGUAAUAGAUUGGCCACAUUCACAGGUUGGCCAUUGUCGUUUAUUAUUAGUCCUAAAAGCUUAGCAGCCGCUGGAUUCUAUUAUACUAAACAUACCGACAAGGUUAAAUGUGCAUUUUGUAACAUUUGUGUUUGUCGUUGGGAAUUUGGUGAUAAUGCUGUUGAUGAACAUAAACGUCAUAAUCCCAAUUGUAGUUUUAUCCUAAGUCAAGACUGUGGUAAUAUACCUGUUAUUGAAGGAAUUCAGUUAAGAGGAGAGUUUGUUGAAACCCAUAAAGAAACCGGUGAACCAAUUGACAUUCAAGGUUUGGGUGUUAGAGCACAUCAAGUAGCUUUUCAUUUAAAUUAUAAUUCUUUUGCCGCUCGGUUGAAAUCAUUUAAAGGUUGGAAAAAUGAAUCUCAAAAACCUGAAGAUUUGGCCAUUGCUGGUUUUUUUUUUUCAGGAAGCAAUGAUGAGGUCCGCUGUUAUUAUUGUGAUGGAGGUCUUCAAAAUUGGGAAAUGACUGAUAACCCAUGGGUUGAGCAUGCAAAAUGGUUUCCAAAUUGUGGCUUUUUAAAUUUAGUUAAAGGUGAGAAAUUCUUGGAUGGAAAUUUGGUGGAAAGAUUCAAUGCACUUUUAAAUAGAAGUAGUAAUACAUCAUCGUCAUCUCAAGAGGGAAAUAUGGUUAGUAUUCACCAAACAGAUGAUACUACAUUGAAUGGAACAAGUUCUUCAACCACUGGUGAUCAACAGAUUAGUGACCUUAUGGUAUUACCUGAAGCAAUGACUGCAUUACAGUUAGGUUUACAACCAGAUCAUAUUAGACAAGCAAUAAGAAAUAAUAUACAAGAUAUUGGUAGACCUUUUCGUAGAACAGAUUCUUUUAUACAACAAAUUUUGGUUGAAGUUACGCUUCCUGUUGAAGGAGAUUCUGUGACUAUAGAAGAUUUUCUUCAGAGAGAAGCAGCAUUAUUGAGACCAAAUACUUUUGAUUCUCAAUCAUUAUCUGACGAAUCAAAUUCAUUUGAUUCAUCUGAAAGUUCUGAAGAUUUUGAUUUAAUAAUUGAGUCUGAAGAAAAUUCAGAUAAUGAGGAAUUGAGACCAAGUGAUCAAAAUACAACAAAUACUGAAAAUGAAACUUCAGGACCAAAUGAAAUUGCUAUUGAAGCUGAUAGUAUGCAAAUCAGUCAAUCUAGUAAUAUUGAUAUUAAAGAAAAAGUAAAUGAACCAAUUGUUGAAACUGAGAAUAUUAAAUUAUCUCAAUCAGAUUUAGAAGAAGAAAACCGUCGUUUAAAAGAAGCACGUCUUUGUAAAAUUUGUUUAGAUCAAGAAUUAGGUGUUGUAAUGUUACCUUGCGCUCACUUAGUUGCAUGCAUUACUUGUGCUUCAAGUCUACCAGAUUGUCCAUUAUGUCGACAGACCAUCAAGGCUACUGUUCGCACAUUCCUUUCUUAAAAUUGAUGUUAUACUUACCUGUUUUUAACAUUAGUUAACCAUGUAUUUGUUGUGGUUGUAAAUACUAAGCAAAUGUUUUGUAUAGAGUGGUUGUUGCUAUUUAUACAUUUUUUUUAUUGAAUGUUAAUUUUCAUUUAAAGAAAAAAAUGUGAUUGUUUAAAACUUGAAAUAUUCUAAUGUUUGAUGGGAUUGUCAAUUUAAGGUAAAUAUUUCUUUAAUCUAAAUAAAAAAAUUUUAUUUCAUAUUGAAA